AUGGAUCUCUACCAGGGCACCCUCCAGCAUCAGAGCAUCACGGCCCAGAGCCAACCUCGAGAUCCUUGCCUUUAUGAAUAUGACAUUGACCAUAAGCGCAGCUGGGUUAUGCUCAACCAGAAGGGCGAGAUACAGCCCCUCGAAGACGAGCAGAUAUUGCUCAGGACGCCUGGCUACGUAAGCCUGGAGCUAUCAGUGCCCAAGGCAUUGCGAACUGCCAACUCCAAUUUUAAUGUGAAGUGUGAUUCGGGCGUUGCAUAUGUCACGAACAGAAGGAUCAUCUACCUGGCUGAGCAGCCGACAGAGACUUUCCAGUCGUUCUCGGCCUUUAUCCUGGACACAUAUGACCCGCAGCCACGAGCAGGCGGGCUCCUCGGAUUUGGAGCCUGGCGAUGGAGGGCUGAGGCCAAGCCCAGGGCUGGCGGUGGGAUACCAGGCGAUGUCCCUCGCAUCGAGAUCCUACUGAUCUUCAACCAUGGCGGAGUAGAGGGAUUCCACUCCAAGUACAGCCUAAUGUUUGAGCGUCUGGCCCACGCUCGGGACGUGGCGAGGGAGACGGGGACGCGCAUCACUGUUCACGAUGACGACUUGCCACCGUAUUCAGCCGCAGAAGCCGGCGAUGCACCCGGACAACAGUCAGGACAGACGAGUUCUGCUCCAGCCCAGAGUCAGCCCGAGGCACCGGCCGCAACUCAGCAACCCCAGCCAACGCCGAACGAACCACCACCUGAUUAUGAUGAAGCACAGGCACAAGCCGUGGAACAGCAAUUUGAAGAGAGAGACCGUCAAGACGCCGAAAGGGCCCAGUAG